CAAUCCCAUGACUGACCGAGAAGCACCAUUGGUCAGAGAAAAUGACAUAAUUGAGAAUUCGUGGUUAAGUGAUGUAGGGCACACAGCUUAUAUUUAAAAGGCACCAAUCUAUUCAACUGUGAGAACUACGGUGUAAAACGCUGAAGUACAGUAGAUAAAGCACACAACGUCUGACUUUAGUCUCUAGGCUCGAUAGCUUCACAAGCGGCACCCUUGCUCGCACUGUUCAUUAGCUGAGCAUUUAAGAACGUUCCAUUGUUGUUGGGUUGUUUUUUUAGGAUAGGCUGUACUUGAUAACAUUUUUAAACAAGUUGGACCGGAAACAUUUGCUAUAGACUACAACAGGAGUGCCCAGUAAAAGGUAUAUGUCCACACGCCGAAGCGUUGAAUUCGGUAAGAGACUGUGACUGACUUGCAACCGCUUUCUCAGGGAGUUUGCAGACGUGUACAACGCAGACGGUUCAAGAAAUCCCACCAUGAUGGCCCACAGCUUUCUGCUGUGUGUUCUUGUUUUGCUGGACGUUGUGGCAGUGUCUCAGGCGUGGUUCUUCUUCCGAAGCUACCCCACAGCCAAGGCUAAAACACAAGUGGAUGCCAAGUGCUCCGAGCUUGCAGUUAAAGGAGACUGUGGUUUCUACUCGUGCUUCGAGAGGCGUUUGACCUGUGGCAGGAACUGGUACAACGUCAAGUAUGGGGAGCCUUACUGCAGGGACUUCAGGGCUUUUCAGAAGACUUUCUCGGAGAAGGCCCAGCGGUUCAUCAACGACUCCCAAGUGUGCAUGGGCCGCGAGCUGCUGGAGUGGUACCAGCGUGACUCUCUCAACUGCCACGACUUCACCCACGAGGCGUUCCGCGCCAUGUCCCGCUGCUACAUUCACAGCGGCUUCUGUGACGUCAUCAUCAAAGACGCUGUCAACUUCCUCAGUAUCUACCAGCCUCAGCAUCUGUUCCAGAGAGGAGCUUUGAAAAUCUGGCGAGAAAUCCUGCGGAUCACGUACCACUGUGACCCGGAUUCAAUAAAGGAGAUUAUUCAGACACUCUUCGAGUCCAUGAAAGACUGAAACAGACAACCCACGCCAUCUGGUGGCAGAUACAUCUCUCAACGUUUGCAGGGUUAUCUUUUACUUUACUCGUAAUACAUUCGUAAAUCCCUUCCUUUACCCCCCUGUCCCCCCCUAACCCGAGCCUGUUUGGGGUAAGGGGCAGAGGGGUGUAAACUGAUCCCCACCCCAACACCAUGCGCAGGGGUCGCAACCUUUCUAACCUCAGACUCUCAUACUCACAAUAAUUGAAUAGCACACAGAAACUUCAUACGACAGAGGUGCCAACGGCAAACAAACAAAAAUCCAGAUCUGGAACUUGUCGGACCCCGUGAAAACGCGCACGGGAACGCAAUACGCACAGAUCAAAUACGGGGUGCCCACUACGGCUGGGAUCGGCCGAUCGCCCGACUCGAUCGCCUCAAAAACGAACGUGUUUGUUUUCAGUUUCAAGCGAUCGAGUCGGGCGAUCAGCCCGAUCCAGCCGUAGUGGGCUCCCCGUAUUAAUGUCUAAUAGUCUAAUACAUCUUGAAUCAAGGUGGCCAAAAUUCGAAAUCCAGAUUUCGGUAUUUUUUCCAGAAAAUCGGCACCUCCGAUCUGACCUCCGGUGUGCAUUGUACAUUGUGUGAUUUUUUGCUUGAUUUAUCCUCUCUCCUUUCUUCUAUUCCGCAUUUGUUUUAGGGUGGUGGAGUGAUGAGAAAAUUCAGUACCACAAAUAAUCAAGCAUUACAUGAAAUCCACUGAUCAUGAGGGCACAGAAUGCCAUCUGGUAAACAUAAGCGUAACUAGAACGCACCCAAAAGCCAAGUCCUCUAAAAAAAAAAAAAAAACCCAGCUCACUGCACUGAAAGGCAAACAGCAAUGUUUUUUGUUUGUAUUUUUGUUAUGUUAUUAGCAUUACAGUUUUUAUGCAAUUAUUGUCAAAUAAAUGUCCCUAUGGGAAUCAAUA